AUGAGUUCUACAAAAUCAACACAAAUUGCAGUCUUCGGCGCAACUGGCGGCACCGGCAGUGCCACAGUACGAUCUCUGCUUAAACGCCAUGACUCCCUCUUGGAGCUGAGGCUCAUGGUGCGCUCAAGGGCAAAGCUUUUCGGACUCAUCCCCGAGCUUCACCACACGUCUAAUCUAAUAAUACACGAAGGGCAGCUUACUGACACGGCGAUUGUCCGAAGCUGCGUAGAGAAUGCCGACAUUAUUAUCUGCACGAUCGGGGAAAAUGAUAACAUACCCGGGUGUCGCCCGAUCCAGGAUAUUGCCAAGUCAAUUAUUGACGCACUUCAAGAGUUGAAGUCGUCUUCAUUGGAAUGGAAGCUCCCCCGGGUGAUCCUUUUGUCGUCUUCGACUUGGAAUGAGCGAUUCGCCUCACAUGAGGGGACGGUGGUCAACUGGCUUCUUAAGACAGCCUUUUACCAUCCGUAUCUCGACCUUCGUCUGGCAACGGCGAUGUUCGAAGCCUCAUCUGAACUGUUGUCACUGCUAUUAGUGCAACCCUCGGCUCUAGUACAGGAUGAGCCGUCAGGCAUGGCCAUCAGUGCCGAAUGGGUCAGCGUCGCCGUCUCCUAUGCAGACCUGGGAGAAGGAUUCGCCGAAUUGGCAUUGGAAGAGUCAUAUGCCCGGCUCGGUGCCGUGGGUGUGUCGAGCAAAGGCGCGAUCGGAGGAGAGGGUCUACGGAAGUACGGAUUCGAGCUGUUCUCUCGGAUUAUCAGGGGUUUUGUUCUCGGGUACAUGCCCGGUUACUGGCCAAUCAAGAACUAUAUGAAUCGGAGAUAA